AUGUGUGUGCUGUUGGUCGCUGUUGCCGUCCUGCCGCAGUUUACAGGAGAUGGUGUACAUUCCUUUCAUGUGUGGGACGAUCAUAAGUUAGGGGAAAGGUGGCGAGGUAACAGGGAGACGAGACCGGGUAUUCUUUCCUGUCAACCCGCGUCUUCCGCUAGCCAUCUUUUACUCUUUUUUCCCGAAUGUCCCCCACUGGCGAUGCUAUCCGAAACCAUGACCUGA